GGGGCGCCGAUAGGAUGUGACGCACAUUCCGAGGAAUUUCUGCGGCAGCUAUAAAACACCUGAAGCGCUUAGUAGAUCUACACUGGUGAAGUUAACAUGGGCACUGAGUCAGAAAAUAACGGCGUCCUUAAAGAGGGAUUUUUAGUGAAAAAGGGACAUGUUGUUCAAAACUGGAAAGUUCGUUGGUUUGUACUUAAAUCGGACAAACUUAUGUAUUAUAAAUAUGAAGGCGGCAAACGGGAUUCCUGUCAUCGAGGGACGAUACCGUUGAGCAACUGCAAAAUCAUCUGUCCUUACCUGGAGUACGAAAACAGACCGUUGGUGCUGAAGCUGCAGACCAACACUUCAGAGGAGCAUUUUCUGGAGGCUUGCAUGAGGGAGGAACGUGACGAAUGGGCUGCAGCGAUUGGUGCAGCAGUACAGAAGCUUAACCCACAUGAUGCACAGACCCCCUCCCCGUCACAAAUGAAAGGUUCUACGUCACUCCAACUUCACAAUGUCAACCUCAGUCAGGUGGUGGACUCCAUGUAUGAUGUGCACAGUGGUAUCCGGCUAUGCAGUCAUGUUGAGCAGGGCAGCUCUUACACCAACUGUUUCUCAGGCUCAGCAGUGGUGGAUUGGCUUGUGUUUAAUAAGUUGACUUUGACCCGUGCGGAGGCAGUAACGUUAGCCUCUGCACUGCUGGAUGAGACCUCCCUGCGGCCCAUCGGGGUCAGGAGCGCAGACGCUCUCCGUAACGCUGCUCUAGGAGAACAGUUCCUCGAUGACUCCACUGCACUCUACUGCUUUUCCCAAAGCUUCCAGAAGCGAGGCAGUGUGAAAGCAGAAAAGUCUCGGUCUGCGGUAGAGCUGAGUGGAAAGGUGGUGAAGAGAGGUUACCUGCUCAAACAGGGGCACAAGGUGAAGAACUGGAAGGUGAGAUUGUUUGUUCUGAGGGCAGAGCCUUGUUUCCUGCACUACUAUGACCCCAGCAAGGAUGACAUCACUCCAGUUGGCGGUAUAUCUCUGCGUGGCUGUCUGGUGUCUGCCCUCGAUGAUAACGGUGUACCGUCAGGUGUUAAAGGUAAAGUGCAGGGGAACCUCUUUAAAAUCAUCACUCAGACGGAGACACACUAUUACAUGCAGGCUCCAACACACGAGGAGAGGAUGGACUGGAUCCAAGCUAUUAGAAAAGUGACUUAAUUAUGCUACACACUUUGGGUUAGUUCACCCAAAAAUGAAAUUUCUGUCAUUAAUUACUCACCCUCAUGUCGUUCCAAACCAAGACCUUAGUUUGUCUUCGGAACACAAAUUAAGAUAUUUUUGAUGAAAUACGAGGGUAUCUGAUCCACACAUAGGCAGCAAUAACAUUGCACCUUUUGAGGUCCAGAAAGGUACUAAAGACAUUGUUGAAACCGUCGACGUGACUGCAGUGGAUCAACCUUAAUAUUAUGAAGCGACGAGAAUACUUUUUGUGCAAAAAAACAAAACAAAAAUAACAUCUUUAUUCAACAAAUUCAUCUGUCCCCUGUCAUACUGCUAUGCUAUUUUCGUUGCAGAACUUCAGUGUUUAUGUCCGAACGCGGGAUCAGCUUUAUUGUUAACAUUGUUAGUAUCAGUAUUGUUAACUAAUUAUACAUUUUUUAUGUUGGUUAUGUGCAAACAAAAUAAAAUAUAAUGUGUUGUACAGCUGAUAAAAAAAUAAAUAUUAUUAUAAAAUAUAUAUUAAAUAAUAAUAAUAAUACACAUGGGGCCAGCAUGAGGCCUCAUUCUAGUUAGCACAUAGAAUAUUUUAAUAUAAUUCUGAUUUUCCAAAAGUUCAGUCUGUAUUUUGUGCAUGAGUUUGUUUGAUAUAUUGUAAGGUGGUAAAGCUUAUACAUUCAGUGAAUGUACUAUGAAAGCAUGAUGAUGAUCAGUGUGAAUGUUUUUUAUGUCAAAUUUUGCAAAAUAAAUGUUUAUUUUACUUUGA